UCCCAUCAACGAAAGUCGCCCAACCUCGAAUAAAUCCCUUUAUAUACAUCACGGAAAUAAACUAAACAAUACUCAUUAUUUACAAUGUGUCCUCCGCAGAGUCUUCAUGUUUUCUAACAAGACAUUGUUUCCCGGUUGCCCUAAAACUACCUUCAGAAGCUAGGUAGUAGUUUUAAGGUAGUAACAGCUAGAAAAACCUAGAGCUUCAAAUUGGACGAGAAAGUCCACUUGUCAAUAAGUCACAUUUCGCUUGUGCGAAUUAAGCGAUGUUGGUUGGCUAAAAUAUACUAAAAUGCGUGCGGUACAAUAUAAUGCUAUAAUAACGAUCAAUGUAAGUAAAUUGUACCAGGAAAAUUUUUUUUUUAAAUAAAUAACGACGUUUCGAGCAUUACGGGCUAACACUUGACAACGGUCUAUUCUCGAAACGUCGUUAUUUAUUUAAAAAAAACUUUUCCUGGUACAAUUUACUUCCAUCUUUUAACUGUUUGUCCAGAGCUGUUUCCGAGGUCAAUUUUGAAAAGAAUGGAGAUCUGAAAAUGAUUAAUCAAUUAACAGGAAGUCUAAUUAAGAUCUAUGCAGGUAGAAGUUGCUUACAGUGAUAAUAGUGUGGCUUGAAGUGAGAAGACGGGUUCCAUUCGCAAGAGUUUGGUUGCAUUUUAAGCCUUGUUAUUGUUGCAAUACUUGCAAUGCAGGUGGUUUUGUCAUAUUUAUUGCGGCAAAAUCCAGUAUAACACUUGACCGGAUUGCAUAUUAAAGCAAUAAAUGUGCCAAAUAUUUAUUACGGCGUGGAAAAUCAAUGCAAGAGGAGAGACUGGAGAUUGUGUUUUUCUACUCUUGCGGCCAACCAUAGUUCUUCUUCUUUGAGUAAUAGCCUUGAUGAAUAUUGCGAAAAGGAAGCGGCUCUGCCAGGCGAAGUUUCAUUGCUACUGCACUUUCUUCCCAGUAUGUAUUCGUCUGCAGAUUUCGUGAGUAUAUAUCUUUCCAUAGUAAGUUGAUUGGCUUUCCGAUUAGGUAAACGAAGCGCACAUUAGUAAACACGUCUUGGCUUUUAGGCCCAAUUUACUUGAUUACUGUUACCGUGCAGAUAAUCGCACGCCUAUUUCAUUGUAUAGGGCCCAUGAAUAAUUCUCGAUAGUUUCAUCACGCAAAGGUUAUUUAAAAGAGAAUUCUAGCUUGCUAUCAUUGAAGUAGUUUGUCGUUCAUUAGGUGCUACAGGGCUCACUGUGAAAAUCUUUCAAUCUCCAUCAUGUGUCGGCUUUUAAAGCAACGUUGCUUCCGCUUCGGUUGAUAUUACGCAAUUGUUUAUUUGAUAACAUCCACGUCAUCUACAUUUCAUAAUCCAAAGAUGCUUAUUUCAAGCCAAGCUACGUAAUGUAUGGUAUCUACUUUUAUAUGCUUUUAAAGCGCCUUCUUGGCUUAAUAUAAGCUCUGUAUUUCUAUCAAGCAGAAUAUUUUGUUUCUUGUAAUCUCUUGAUAGGGAUGCGAUCGGUUUAUACCUGUAUAUCCAAUGCGCUAAAAAGUGAUAAGGCUUAUCAAAGUGAUCAGUCUCUCUCCUGCCUGUUUGCUAUAAAUGUCAGAAAAUGUUUAAAAUUUCUUGCUAGAUUUCAGACUUAAAUGAGAAGCAUUGUGAUUUAGAAAAUAUGUCUGUUGUCACUUUAUUUUUAGCGGUGAUAAGCGUAAUGCAUAACUAGCAGUGUAAUCGAUAUCGCUUGUUUCCUAGCAACCUACUUACAGAAAAUUUACUUCUUUGAUAUAGGUUUUUUCGAACAACUUUUCAAAUCAGAAAACCCAGUCUGCGAAAUUUGAUCAGCUUGAAAAUAGCUAUUGUACAUGAAAGCAAACAGGUUGUGUUAAAGGUUUUUAUGUUUUGCAAAUUUACUUUGUUGGCAGGCUUUUGAGUUACCGUACUCAUCCAUUAUUAAAAGAAGACUGUAACGGGUUUCCAUUGAUUAAAAAACUUUAAUAUAGUGUUAGCUACGUUAACAUUUACUUAUUUCGUAAAGAUUUCUUCGAUUCUUCCUCCAGCAACAAACUUUCCCUAACGUUGAUAUCAUGUCUUCAGCAAGAGAACACAUUUUGAUCUGUUGAUGGGUAGGUAGACCUGACUGGCAAGUUCUGAAAUAGACCUUGGCUGGACAAAUUUUUGUUCAAAUGGAGCGUUUAAAAAACCGUGACCAAUGUACAGAAAUAUAUAGAAUGACGAUUACUGUUUAUCGGUCUGUCUAAGUGAAAGAUGCUGUACAGUCCUAAGUUCUAAGUUGCUAUUGCGUGGUUCAUUCUUAACACGAUUAUAGCGAUCGUCAGGCAAUGAAAUAUUUCUUUCUCUCUCCUUCAACUCAACCCUCCAAAGGAAAGAUCACCAACUGAGUAAAGAGCACAAUUAACAAAGCUUGAAACAGGCUCAUUCACGGUCUAUUUCUGCGAGGAAUUUUAAUGCAAAAGCGCUAAAACACUUUUGGAAGUGUCAAGACUUAAACGAACUCGUAAGCCAUCAUCAAAAAUAUUUUCUCAGUAUUUGUAAAUAUAACCUGAUAAUAGGAUCUUGUUAUCGUUCACUGCUCGGAUACUGCAACCAGAUCUUGCUUUUAAUUAUAGUCCACACCCUUACAUCUUCAUGCUUCAGUCUAUCGUACCUUCGCUGCCUGGACAGGGUGCAUGAAAUCCUCGCUCCGACAGUGAUAAUUUUUUAACACUUGAAAGCAGACUGCAACCAAUAGCAAAUGAAAAGCGGAUAAAUAGAGCCUCUUAAUAGAAAAUACGGAUUUUUUUAUUAUGAUCAUUAUUGGUUUUUUGAGAUAAAAAUAUGCAAAGAAGAUCGAGCGAAUUCUACCCAAGCUUAAUUUGGUAAUUGAAAGUGAUAAAAUUUCGGCUUUGACUUUGAGCUUUGAAUCAAAAUUUCUCUAUUACAUAAUCCUGAAAUUUAAACCUUCAUAAUAUUGAAGUAGAGGAAAUAUUGACGGCACCUGUCCAAUUUGUUUUCAACAGCCUGCUUGCUUAAAUAUUUGAAGAUUCGUCAAGAGUAGAUCAUUUAUCUAUCUGCUACAUCAGAAAAUCAAUUGAAUCGGUUUUCAUGUUUCACUUUAGACAAACGUGAUUCUUGACUUUAUUUCUUGAAUCAGGUGAAUUUCUUAAAUGUUAUAAAAAUUAUGCUUUCUAUUUUACUUUCUUACUACUCCGUGCUACUGUAUAAUCAUACAUUGAUGCUGCUUCAACUUUCAUGCUGCCAUAAGUCUGCUAGACACAGUAAGAGUAAAUGUCUACCAAAAGCUCUUAAAACACCGAAAAAUUUGCUUUUUAUUUCUAUCCUUUUCAUUUUUAUCACAGAUACUACUACUUCCGUUCCUUUCCUCCAAGAGCAUCGUUUAAAAUCUAGACAAAUAUCAUACUUGUCACAAGAAAAAUCGUACCCCCUUCGUUUUAUAGUAUUCCAACGCUGAUCCGGGGGAAUGGCUGAAUUCGUCCUUGAAAAUGGACUUAACUAUUUCAAGAGUAUAGACAGUAAAUUUUAGUAAAUGAAAUGUAAAACACUUGCAAGCUUGACAAUACUGCUUUUAAAUUGCUCUAAGCUACGAUUCUUGUCGUGUAUCGUUAAAACAAAGUCUUCAGUUUAUAAUUUCUUUUCUAUAUCUUCUACACACUGAAGUAGAAAUAUUCGUGUAACUUUGUAACUUUGUUUUAAAGGCAAUCUGUCACGACGUUGAUUGAUUAUAAGAACAAAGGGAUUUUUUAUUGUUUCCAGUCCCCCUUUAAUUUAUCGCAUUGUAAAAAAUAUGGCGGAGCGCUAGAAUUGUGUUUAGGCUAUUGUUCCAGCUAUUGUUCUCGUUAACCAAUCCACAACGAGACAGAUUGCCUUUAAACAUGCGUUUAUUAAGACAGUGCACUCACUGAUCUGUGGUUUUGUCAGUAUGGUCACAUCAGAGUUUGCUUUUGUAUUGUCGCUGAGAAUCUAGGCAGAACGAUUAUCUCUCAUCUGUUUUUUUCAAAAUUGAAAUAUUGACCUGGAAAAAAAAGAAGUUUUUCUCUUUUGCGAUUUACUGUAAAAUGAAUUCACCGAUAAUCAGCUUAUCAAUUCUUUUUUACUUCUUGUUUUAAGGAUUUUCGGUUUUCGUUACGUUCUCUCGUCUUAAGCCUUUUUUGUUAUUAAUUACGUCUGAACUUUAUUCCUUUUUGUUGCUUCUAUCGCGAUGCCUUGAUUAUUGACAUCAAUUUGCAAGAGAAAAGCAAAAUGUAGAAACUGCAAGUGACGAUAAACGAUUUCUGCUUACAAAAUAAAGAUCAGCAUUUGAUAACUGAAAUUUCAAGUCAAUCUUUGCUCGAAUGCUGGAUUUAAAAUUAAAAUCCAAAGCCCAACAUGUUAAAAAUUGGCCCUAGCAAGAGAUCAUGUUUGCGCUUCGUAAAAUUGGAAUUGCCUGGCAAUCGAAUUGGACUAUUUUCACUUUCUUACUUUUUCUAAACCUAAUAUGUAGCUCUUGGUAGUGGUUUCUUCAACCCGUUUGCUUGACGUGUUUUCAUGGAAAGAUGAACGCUUCUUGGAACUAACUCAUCAAUUAAUGUGUUAGGGUUGUUCGGUUCUAGAAGAGGAUGUUGUUUCAGUUGGCGGUCAUCUGUUAUGUUGUACCAAAAGUUAGGACCGAAAAUAUGUUUUUAACAGCAAUAAUCCUCCUAUCGAUAAAGGAAGAGACAUGAGCUUUGUCAUGUUGUCUAGGGCAUCGAGCGUUUCAACGCCUGUAUCUUUGACUUUUUCGUCCUGUGCGUUGUCCUCGUUUAUUCUACUCGUCGCCAGCUUUGCAAAAUAACAACUUCGCAUUACCCUGGUCAAUGUUAUUACACCCAUGACUUCUGCAAAAUAUCACCUGUUAGGUUUAAUGGCCUGAUAAAAAGAUUGUUUCAUCGAAAGAUCUUUCUUUCUAAGGACAUGUUUUCGUUUUCUUGACGAAAGAUUUUCAGCUGCAUUCGAAAUAUUUUGAUUAUUGAAACAGCAAUUGGAAGCAAUUUAUUGCAUUGUCAUUAAGACUGGGAAAUUGACAGAAGCAAGUUCGACUACAUCGAAAAUAGAUGAGAUCGCUUAGCUUGUGUAACUUCUACGCCAAUGUUCUCUAUAUGUAGAUGAUAUAAUAACCCGCGCAUAAAAUUCUCAUAUAUAAAUUUUCUGAGGCCAAAACCGGCGAUCGCCUGCCCUAAAUAUGAAGUUUUCUAACGUUUUUGGGUUUUAACGCAAGCUAUGUCAUUAUGCAACAAAAUUUCGGCUGCGAUAAAGGAUUACUGUCGCAUGAAUUCUCAAUUAGAUCAAGCAUAUGCAAAUUCGUUCUUCCCACGUGGCAUUGUCAAAAUACAGGAUUCAGAUUUGUGUGUCGACACAGGAUGUUAUCAUGCAGGUCUAUGUUCAGCCUUGAUUUGCAGCUCAUUUAGCUGAAGGAGACUCGCGUAAGUUUUUGUCGCUGCAUUCGUUACAAUACGAUACUGAAGCUCGAAUCGAAUCAGUUGGUCAUGUCUGGUGAAGGGCGUCUUUGCUAUCCGAUUCAAUCCUAAAGACUGGUCACGAAUCCGUGAAAGGUCCAUUUGAACAGUUUGACUUUGAAGAAACGAAAACGACGUUCACCCCUACGAGCGUCAAGGGCAAGUUGGAGAAGAUCGAACAACCUGAAUGCUCAUUCACCCCAAUUAAGGCUGAAGAGUCGACAACAAACCUGGUUCGAAUGCGGAAUCAUCCAUCGCUCGGCAACUCAGACCCUUCGAUUUCGUCCUCGUGUGGUGAUGUCGCUAGAAAGUUCAGCACGUGCGGAAUAACGUCCAGAAGGCCUCGCAGCUUGGCACCGCAUUCACCAUCGCCUCCAAGACCUUCGUCGCCAGGAUUGAAUAUCGAUAGUUCUGACGACUUCCCAUCCCAGCUUUCACCAUGUAGCACUUUCCAGAACCCGAUGCUGUUUCCAUUUGGAAGAAGUCUGCAAGCUGGAAGGAGAUGGUCUGUUGCAUCCCUGAACUCAUCAGGGUACAGCACCAAUACUCCAGGCUCGUCUGGCAUGUCGUCAAGGACAUCGUCGCAAGAAAAAAUUGGGGCACACGAAGAUAUUUGGUUUUCUCAUCAGUUUAGCCACGACAGCACACUUAGUGAUAUAGAUGACGAGUUUCAUCAUGGCAGACCGCGGUCGCCAAGACCUGCUGGUUUUAAACUCAGAUCACGGAGUUUGAGCCCGACCAGAGGGGAAGAUGAUAUUUCUGCACUAACAAAUCUUUACAACGAAAGAUUUCCAAAAGCAAAACUACAGAUGGAAGAAAGGCUUCAAGACUUCAUCGACAGCUACUCUACAGAGGAGAUCAACAUCAACUACCCUGACCCUGCUUUGAAUUUUGUUGGACAUCAGAUUGUUGGAAUUGCGAAAGAAAUUCUGCGGAAAUCACAAGAUCCAGAAGCAAACUUUACAAGCGAUUACUUUUAUGGCGUUUCUGAUGCAAUGGAAAGACUUAUUCACGAGGCCACAAGCAAAACCAGCCACACUUUAGACCCAGUUCAAAUGAUGGUGCAAAAACUAGAAUGGAUAAUUUCCAGACCUGCGAGGCUCUUGGAGUGUCUGGGAUUUAAUCCUGGCGAAUUCAUGAACAGCUUAGAAAUGGAGGAGCAGGUUAUCACGGAAAAGCAUUUACCCAUUGACAUGGAAGCGUACAUAAAGUUCAAACUAGGGGUUCAGCAGCCGAUUGAAUCAGUACCAGAAGAAGGAAUCGAUGGUAUAGGCGGCUCUGCAGAGCAGGCUCCAGCUGCUCCAAAGGAAGUUGAAGCUAAACCAACGGAGAAUGAUUUUGAGUACUGCAAGCUGAUUAGCAAUGGUGCUUAUGGGUCCGUUUUCCUGGUACGACACAAAACCAACAGGGAAAGGUUCGCCUUAAAGAAGAUGAACAAACAUCAUUUAAUGCAUAAAAAUCAGGUACAACAAGUUUUCAAUGAAAGGGACAUUAUGACCUUUGCUGAGAACCCAUUUGUAGUUACACUCGUCUGCACAUUUGAAACAAGGAAACACCUUUGUUUUCUCAUGGAGUAUGUCGAAGGGGGUGAUUGUGCUUCGCUGCUCAAAAACAUGGGUCCUCUUCCACUGGAUAUGGCCAGGCUAUAUUUUGCUGAGACAGUUUUAGCUGUAGAGUACAUACACAAUUAUGGAAUUAUCCACAGAGACCUGAAACCCGACAACUUGCUUAUAACUGCGAUUGGUCAUAUUAAGCUCACGGACUUUGGCCUGUCAAAAAUUGGAUUAAUGAAACUGACUACGAAUAUUUAUGAACAAAGCGCACAAGAGUUUGACGAUGUGCAACUUUUUGGGACCCCAGAUUAUAUCGCUCCAGAGGUCAUCCUACGGAAAGGCUACGGGAAGCCAGUGGAUUGGUGGUCCAUGGGUGUGAUACUCUAUGAAUUCUUGGUUGGUGCAACGCCAUUUUAUGGAAGUACACCUCAGGAAGUCUUUGAUAUGGCUGUACAUGCUGAUGUUGAAUUCCCAACCGAAGAUGAUGCCCUAGACGAAGAGGCGGAAAAUAUGAUAAAGGCUCUUCUUCGCAAAGACCCAAAUACGAGGCUGGGGGCCGGUGGAACACACCACGUCAAAAGCCAUAUUUUUUUCAACCACGUCAACUGGGACUCAUUGUUACGUCAGAAAGCGGAAUUCGUACCACAGCUUGAUGAUGAUGAGGACACGAGCUACUUCGAUUCAAGAGAAGACCGUUAUCGCCACGAGCUCAGCGACGAGGAUGAAGACGAAGAAGAAUUACCUGAGCUAGGGAACUUCUCCAGCUGCUCGCCAAGGUAUUCCCGUAUCCUUAGUUCUUCAGACGUCUCCAAAGAGGAGGAGCAUGACCAAGAUCUUCUAGAGUCAGGCAGUUUUGAUGAUCGAGUAGAGAGGCAAGACUCUGACAGCUCAUACGGGAGUAUGCGGAGAACAGAUUCAGACACGGAUUUUAGUGGCAGCGAGUCAUCACCUAGAAGGCUUUCUUCCAUCACCUCUUUCGGGCUUCAGCGAAUCCCAAGUCCUCGUCAUCCAUCGCCACUGGUAAUUGACUCAUCAAGGAAAGCCGACGAAACCGGAAAGAGGCACCACAACAUGUCUGAACCUGCUAGUCCUCUGGUGAAAUCGCCCUCUGCAUCCCACUUGUCGCCUAGAAAACUGCAUAGAACUGUCUCAAUGCCUCCGAGAAUCGAGCCAACAGACGAUACAAUAGAGCAGCAGAAGACUACCCCAAUCAAGCUUGAUUUUUCUCCGACAAGUGAUGACCAAAAAUCUCCAACUGAGGAUACUACUAAGAUGAAGACGAGGCGAGCAAACGUUCCAUUAUCCCCGGUGAGACCGAAUCAUAUCGCUUCGUUGUCCUUGAAGCCUUCAAUAGUCUUGUCAAAGGGAGCUAAAGGUUUUGGCUUCACAUUAAAAGCUAUACGUGUCUACCUGGGUAGCACAAACAACUACACAGUCCACCAUCUUGUUGAGGAUGUGGACAGAAAUGGGCCAGCAUUCGACGCGGGUCUGAAGCCAGGUGACCUAAUUACGCAUGUUAAUGGAGAGCCUGUGCAAGGUCUUCAGCAUGUAGAAGUCUUGUCCCUGAUCCUCACCGGUGGCCGUCAAGUCAAGCUGGACGCCACUGAUUUAUCGAAUACAUCAAUCAAACGAGAUCGCAAGAAGAGAGCGCUUGGCACGCGAAUCGGUUCAAAAAAGACAAAGCUGAAAAUCCGCAGCAGCCUCAGUCCACAAGACAGUCGGCGUGGCGAAAAUGAGAAGUCCCGUAAGAAGUCAUUCUCUUGGAGGCGAAUUGGCCGGUCGUCGUCGAUGAGACGAAGUUCAAUAAAACGCUCGAAAAGCUCGGCAGCAACGCUUGUGUCGAAAUCUGGUGACAUGGCUAGGCCGCAGCUUGUUUUGGAUGAAUCAGGCAGUGGUGCAACAAGUCCAGGGGUUUCCGGUGGUCAUGCUUCAAGACCAUCCAACUUGCAUGGUAUAAACCCAAAGUUGUCUCACGUUGUCCAUUCACCGCGUAGAAAAUCUGUGUCAACCAUUCCUUUGUCACCACUGGCACGACCAGCUUCAAAUUCUGUGACAAGUGGUAGCUCGACGUUAUCAGGUCGAAGUACGUCCCCAUUAACAAUUAAAGGUAAUCAGGUGUUGCUAUCGCCAAGCAACGCGUCGCCAUCGAAAUCGCGACUGGGAUCGCCCCUGUUGCGAAGGGCUUUGUCCCCAGAUCGCUCAUCGCGAGGGCCAAAGGCUUCAGAGGACAGAGUCAAAUUGCACCCGACGGAUUUAAGAGACAGCUCGCCACAUCGAGUGCUAAGAAGUAGGUCCCUGAAAGAAACGAGAAGCAAAGACUUUGGUUUCAAGUAGCUGUUUCUGAGUAAGUGUGACCAUGUCAGGAUGAGACGCUGUCGUAGUUACAGAGAUGGUAGCCAAGGCUAAAAGAGUUUAAAGGCAUGGAGAUAAGAUCGAAUUGUACAAAUGUCUUCACAUUUUGCAGCCAGGAUUACGAAAUUGGCCUUGAAUUCUCUGGUUUAGCAGUUUUAGCUAAUAGUGGUUCCAUGGACAGCAUUUCAAGCUCUGUUUAGAGGAGAGAUGUGUCGCUUUGUACGACACCCAAGCUCAUCAAAAAGCUUGUUUUAUCACACCUUAGUAACUAUUUAUUAGAAAUAUGCCUCUACCAAACAGACAACACUGAACGAGAAGUUGCAGCUGACAGCAGAUGACGUCAUAUGCUGCAGACAACCAAGACCACAAACAAGCGCUGCGCAGUUGCUUGGAUUCUUGGAAUGAAUUUGUAGAAAAUUUCCGAUGACCUACGCACUAAGUGAUACACGCACAAACUCACUGUAGUAGAACCAAAGUAACACAUAUAAUUGUUGAUACGGAUGUAUCAACCUCUAAUUGUAUUGUAACGAUUUAGAAACAUUAACUUUGUCCCUUCAGACCUAUUCAAACCUAUGCACAUUAGCCCCUAUCUAAAAAUGCAUCCAGUUUAUCACGCACAGGAUAUUCAGUUAAUUCAGUUCAACUGGAAAAAGAAAAAAGGUACCCGUGGGGGCCGAGUAUAGUUAGACACGUGAUUGUGUCUUUGACCACUGACCAACGUACAAGUACACUAGCUCGCAAAGAAAAUUGUGCAUAGCCUUUCUGCUGCUUGAAAUAUCCAGCAAACAGCCGUAGAGCUUAUUCGAAUUAUUAAACUUGUUUGGCAAGAUUGCAUAAAAUGUUUAGUUCUAUCGUUGGCUGAAAUAGUUAAUGAAGGGAAACCUACUCAUGCAGAAAUGCUUUUAAAGUCGCAGAAGAGUGCUCUCAGCACUCAAGAUUCAGUGAAUGAUUUUAGUUUGGUCUUUACCAAUUGCCAGAAAUAUCAGUUGUGUAGUGAGACGAACAUAUUCCUUAACAAAUCGUACAUAAUGCAUGAACUGAGACAGACCUAUGAAUCCCACGAAUUUAGCAAGGCCUAAAUGGGUUUAACUGAGAUGUAUCUGAGAUGUAAUUAGCAUCAACCUCAAAAUUUGCGUCCUUAUGACCAGUGAUUCAGUAAAUUGUAUUAAAGGGGCGGUAUGCAAAGAGGUUACCGAAGAUCGUUGGGGAAAUCUAAAACAGAAUACGUCUACAAGCUGUCAAUAUCAUUUAUAUCCCAUCAUUAAUGCAUAUUAAAAAGAGAAUUUUUAGGUAGGAGGCCGGUUUCUAUCUUCCCCGGUUCCAUUAUCAAACUUAGCAGGUUUCCAUUGUCAAACCAAUUAAAAAUCGGAAUGAGAUUACUUUCUGUAGGAGCUCAAAUUGAUAUUCAACUGGUCUUGAUCUUAUGUUUGCAUUAUUCAGCAUGUUCUUUAAGGGUUUGCUAAUGAAGCUCAUGUGUUGAAAACGAAUUCAAUAUUGAUCGCCCUACCCUACUGUCAGGAUAUAUGUUUAAAGAAAUGAUACCUCGUAUUUUGAAUAGCCUAACUUCACCUUAUUUCAAAUUGAACUUCUUAUUUGGCAAAAGCAUUGCUUUUGGCCAUUUGCAGAGUCAACCUAGUCAAGGCUGAUUGCUUUUUGGUAGCCAUGUUUAGAAGUAAACAAAUCUACAAUGCCUGCCAAAAGUACUUGGAACACCCACCAAUUUACGCUGCAUUUGAUAUCUGUCAUUACUUUCAUGAAAAAAAUUGCUACUCCCGCCCCCUUUCCCCUCAAACAAUGUUGAUGAUUUAGAGAAAUAUCAUAAAAGAAGCGUAAAAGAAAGUGCUUCCUAAAAUCCUAACCCGUUUGAUAGUAAACCAAAAUUGUUCCGUGGGGGAGAGGGGGAUGAUUGGUUUUGACCUUGAGAAUUGAUGCCAGUGUUCCAAGACUUUUGGCAGGCAUUGUAGUUUCACUAACGCUGGUCGUUUUAAUAUUCUGUAUUUCAACUAGAUCUCCCGAACCCGGUAGACUGUCCCAGUAAUAACGUUAUGCAGAAUGUAGCGUUAUUCAUUUUAAAUUUGUAAAUAUUGUUAGUAAAGUAACUGUAACGCCGAUAAGUCGAUGAAAUUGUACUUCUCGACUAUCAUUGUUCUUCCAGGGUCGACGAUAUCCUACCUCGACAACCUGUUCUUCUAAAUGAAACAGGAAUUUUUUUCUUUGUUAGGGGUUCUCUUUUUUCCUUUUUUUCUGUAACUUGUUUAUCUUGUUUGUCUUAAAUGUAUUGUCUAAUUAAUUUCAUUAUUUCCUUUUUUCCAAUUUAGAAUUUUUUCUUUAUCUUUGAAUUGUUAUUUUCAUUGACAUGACCUGCUUUU